UCACCUACCCUCAAGUCCCCAGAGUUUACCUACACCAGUAACAUCGUUAUCUUCUUCACCCUUCAUAGCGAACCUCCCUACUUUUUCCCAGUUCUUUACCACUACCUGCUGCUCCACAGUCCACUCUGUAUAUCAUAUCCCACCGACACCCAUUUUGGUUCACAAUCGCACGCAAAAGUACAGAUUUAUCAUGCAAAUGCAAAAUAAUUGACCACACAGCCCAAAUCUUUGUAGCACCACCACAUGGGUUGCUGUCUUAGCACCACCACCUCCACCGUCCCCAAAACAAACCACCCAAAUGCCAUUCCUCCGAACCACCACCAACGCCAGUUUUCGGAAUCUGACGCCAACCCCAGAGCUCCACCUCAACCAGAAGAAGAAACCGUAAAAGAAGUCCUCUCUGAAACCCCCAUCCAAAAACAAAAACCGCCCAUUCCAAUGGUCACCCAGAAAACCUCUAAGCUUGACGUCCAAGAGCUGAAGAUCGAAGCGGCGGUUGAGAUUAAACCCGCCACAGAAGAUAUCGUCUCCGACGUCUCAGAAGUCUCAGAGAUGUGCAGCUUCACGGAAAGCUUUUCAACAACAGUCACCGAGAAGAGGGAUGACGACGGAGAAGUAAAUCAAAGAAUGGUCGAGAGGUCCCCGGCGAAGGUACCCAGAAGACGUCCGGUCAAAGGAGAGAUCGCCGGAGCUAAAGAAAGACCAGUCAGGUCUGCGACACGUAAAUCCACGCCGUCGCCAGGAAAGAACACUCACGUGACGCCAUCAACGUCGCUUCAGGGUCGGACAGUGGGGAUGCAGAGACGGAAUGUGGGACCACCCAAUGGGCUUCGUCGUAAUCCCGGCGACACUUCCGGCAGGAGGUCGAGGUCUCCGGUGACACGUGACGAGGUGGGUACACGUCGAAAUGUGAGGAAUAAGAGUCCCAGUCCGAGUUCUAGUACCACCCGGCUGUCCGGUGAUCGGUCACCAGUGAAUAAAUCAGGUAAUGGCGGUCGUAAUUUGGAUAAGCCGAACGACGACGUUUCGCGGGAGACCAGCGAGUCGCUUGAGAACCCUCUUGUUUCCCUAGAAUGCUUUAUUUUUCUGUAGGCCUUUCAAUAUGGUUUUUGAUCAAUGCAUUGUCGUAUUGUUGGUUAAUACACACCAGGACGUAGUCGUUUAAGGCUCUUUUGCCUUGAUAAUGAUAUUGUAAAUGGUACAAUAGUAGAUUAUUAUUUUUUUUGGGCA